GUGCAAGCUGAUGUGAUGAUCAUCUCACGAUCUCUUUACAAAAAUCUCAUAAUUAUCUCACUCUCUCUUGACUUUUUUUUUUUUGGAUGCUUACCAACCCCUUUUGUCCCAAGUCAUUGGAGGAUGGAGCAAGGUGUGGCUUACCUUCUCCUUAUAUGUAUGAUUACCAGACAACACCAAAACCAAACUAUACCAGAAACUCCUCACCUUUACUUCCUCACACACACACGCACUCUCUUUCAAGGGAGUGGAAGAGGGCUUCAUUUGAAGUUGUUUCUUUUCUUGAGUUUGUUUCUCUUUGUUAAGUUUUUGAUAAGUAUGGCUGGGAUUGGAGUGUUCUCAGAGAUUUUGGACGGAGAUGUGUACAAGUACUACGCAGAAGGAGAGUGGAAGAGAUCAUCUUCAGGGAAGAGUGUUGCUAUCGUCAACCCAACUACGCGAAAGACGCAGUACAAGGUUCAAGCUUGUACACAAGAAGAGGUAAAUAUGGUCAUGGAAACGGCACAAAGUGCUCAGAAAUUAUGGGCCAAGACUCCUCUUUGGAGGAGAGCAGAACUCCUUCACAAGGCCGCUGCUAUCCUCAAAGAGCAUAAAGCCCCAAUUGCUGAGUGUCUUGUAAAAGAAAUCGCAAAACCAGCUAAAGAUUCAGUAACUGAGGUUGUGAGGUCUGGGGACUUGGUUUCUUACUGUGCUGAAGAGGGGGUUAGGAUUCUGGGAGAGGGAAAGUUCUUGGUUUCUGAUAGUUUUCCUGGAAAUGAGAGAACCAAAUAUUGCCUGACUUCUAAGAUUCCGAUUGGGGUGGUUUUAGCCAUUCCACCAUUUAACUAUCCCGUCAAUCUUGCUGUGUCAAAGAUUGCUCCUGCAUUGAUAGCUGGAAACUCCAUCGUGCUCAAGCCUCCAACCCAGGGUUCUGUUGCUGCUCUUCAUAUGGUUCACUGUUUUCACUUGGCUGGUUUUCCCAAAGGCCUUAUUAGCUGUGUUACUGGGAGAGGCUCUGAGAUUGGUGACUUCCUUACUAUGCAUCCUGGGGUCAACUGUAUAAGCUUCACUGGUGGAGACACAGGUAUUGCAAUUUCAAAAAAGGCAGGCAUGGUUCCUCUUCAGAUGGAACUGGGAGGAAAAGAUGCCUGCAUUGUACUUGAGGAUGCUGACCUAGAUUUGGUAGCAACAAACGUAAUAAAAGGGGGCUUUUCUUACAGUGGUCAAAGAUGCACAGCAGUUAAAGUCAUCUUGGUGAUGGAAUCUGUUGCUGAUGCCUUGGUUGAGAAAGUGAAAGCAAGAGUUGCUAAGUUGACCGUUGGGCCACCUGAAGAGGACUGUGAUAUCACUCCCGUGGUGUCAGAGUCAUCUUCAAAUUACAUUGAAGGGUUGGUUAAGGAUGCUAAACAAAAAGGAGCCACACUUUGCCAAGAGUACCGAAGAGAGGGCAACCUCAUAUGGCCGUUGUUGUUAGAUAAUGUUAGGCCUGAUAUGAGGAUUGCAUGGGAGGAACCAUUUGGACCUAUUCUGCCCGUUAUUAGGAUCAGUUCUGUAGAAGAAGGAAUCCACCAUUGCAAUGCUAGCAAUUUUGGGCUCCAGGGCUGUGUCUUCACCAGGGACAUCAACAAAGCAAUGUUGAUCAGUGAUGCAAUGGAGACUGGGACAGUUCAGAUAAACUCGGCACCAGCUCGAGGACCGGAUCAUUUUCCUUUCCAGGGCAUAAAGGAUAGUGGAAUUGGGUCGCAAGGAAUCACCAACAGCAUAAACAUGAUGACUAAGGUCAAGACCACAAUCAUCAACUUACCAACCCCUUCAUACACCAUGGGCUAGUAAUAGUAUAUGGAUCAUCACCACUAC